AAGAGAGAUAUAUGGUUCUUGAUAACUUCAACAUCAAGAAGAUAUAUAGUUCCUCAAACAUCUGAACAACAAUGUGCUUGCUGUGUCAGCCGACUAGUGUCAAUCUACCUAUCUCCUUCAUAUAGCCGGCAAUCAUCCUCUGGUGUCUAUGACUCAUUAUAUUCCCAACAACGAUAA